UCUUGGAUGCAAUGACCUCAGCAGCUCACUACUCCUGGCCUGACAGAGUUCAUGAAGACCCUCCCAAUCCAUACCUACCAAGUAAUUCUGGAAUCUCCAAAUUUUCAUAUCCUCUACUUCCAGUAAAUGUGGCAAACCAGCCCACGGUGGGUCAGUAUCUUCAUGUUAAUAGUCCUCAGAGCCAAAGUACUACCCAAGUAAACUCAGAUACAACUGGAUCAAGUUUGCUCUUUAAAGUAGGGAAGCCAUUAGGGGCUAUUCAAAUCAUGAUUGGACUGAUCCACAUCGGCUUGGGGAUUAUUCUAGAUUUUCUUUCUGUAGAUCAUAGUAUCUCCAAUAAUCACUACAUCAGUUUGUCCUUUGUUGGUGGAUACCCUUUCUGGGGAGGUAUAUCGUACAUAUGUUCUGGAUCUCUUGAAGUAUUAGCAGCAAGCAAUCCAACAUCUUAUUUGGUAAAAAGCACCCUAGGAAUGAACAUUGUCAGUGCCUUCUGUAUAGUAGUUGGCAUCAUUCUGCUGCUGAUAGAUAUGUUUUUUAAUGAUGAAAUAAUGGAUCAAAACAAAUGGGCAAAAGUUUCCGGCCAAGGGAUUUCAGCUAUGCUGGUAAUCUUCACCCUCUUAGAAUUAAGCAUCAAUAGUAAGACUUCGAAUUUCAUACUUCAGCUGCUCCUGAACAAUAAUUCACCAAUUAUGACUAUUUCAAAUGAAUAUGCAGCUAAUUCCCAUACUCCCAAUGUAUCAACUGAGGCAACUAAGUGUCACAGUGGAUAGAGCACUGGAGCAGGGAUAUUUCAGUACAUACUCAGACACUCACUAAGCUGAGCUUAGUCACUUGACCCUGCCUGCAUCAAUUUUCUCAUCUGUAAAAUGAGAAAAUGGCAAGCCACUCCAAUACCUUUGCCAAGAACUAUCCAAAUGAGAUUACAAAGAGUUGGGACACAACUGAAAAUAACGAUGUGUCAACAACCACCCAGCAGGUGGCAACUUAGUGAAUUAAUAUCUGUUGGACUGGGCAUUAAAAAAAAGUUCAAAUUUGUGGAAAAACUUCCUCUUAGCAAAAUAAAUUAAUAAA